AAACUCGGCAGAGCCGAAGGUGUGAUACUUGCACUCCCUCUUUUCGUUGAUAGUUUUGCGCGUACGUGGAAUAUUUGUUCUUUUGUAGGUUAGGAAAUCAAAUUUGUGAUAUGGGAGGGUGUGAUUGUGAAAAUUUGUCGUAAAGAAAAUUUGAAGGUGUUAACACUCGCGUAGUCUAAACAGGUCCCACCCUUCUGCGCAGACGGUUCCAACAUGCAAUAUCCCGACCUAGAAGUAUAAUUCCUUGAUAUCAAUAAUCUCGAUUUUUGCGUUAGGGAUUUUUAUAUAGCACCAUAGUGGAUGAUAAUAUUAAUUUGUGGGGGAAUAAAAUGUGAAAAGUGUCAUUCAAUUAUUAUUGAAGGUAAAAAAAGGUGAAAUUUGAGGGUGGUUAUGACGUCACAGUUCCUUUAGGGAGACUGCCGGGAUAUGAUCCACAGUUCGAGUUGGUGAUUCUCUCAGUGAAGGAGUUUGUGCAGAUGAAUGAAGAUCAUGGUGAACGACUGAGAUCGAGUGAUAUCUGGACCAUCGCCCGCCAUCCAUGGCCCAGGUGGCUGCCACUUCACUCAGUGACAUGUAGACAGGACCCCCAUGACCUAGUGAGGCGCGAGAUCAGCCGCAAAAAUAGGCAACUGGUGCGGAAACGAGACAGGGCCGCGGGACGUCCGCGCCUGCCUGCGGCUAGGAGCUUUCUUCCAAGAGUGUACUAAUGUCAUGGGUUGUUUUGGUAGCGCUGGGGCGAAAGGCGACGCCGAGGAACAUAAAAGGCGCAAGGAAGCAAACAAGAAGAUAAACAAGCAAAUUCAGCAGGAUAAACAGGUGUACCGAGCGACCCACAGAUUGUUAUUAUUAGGAGCUGGUGAAUCUGGAAAAAGUACUAUUGUGAAACAAAUGCGAAUUCUACAUGUCGAUGGAUUCAGUGAAGAGGAGAAGAGAGAAAAGAUCAAAGGCAUCAAAUGCAACAUCCGUGAUGCCAUCUUGACCAUCACCGGCAGCAUGUCCACCUUGACGCCCCCGAUAGCGCUAGAGAACCCCGAACAUCAAUUCCGUGUCGACUACAUCCAAGACGUAGCCUCCCAGCCGGACUUCGACUACCCCGAAAUAUUCUACGAGCAUACUGAAAUCCUAUGGAAGGACAAGGGAGUACAGGCCUGCUAUGAUAGAUCCAACGAGUACCAACUCAUAGACUGCGCUAAGUAUUUCCUUGACCGUGUCCACAUAGUGAGGCAACCAGAUUACACUCCAACUGAGCAAGACAUACUACGAUGUCGAGUCCUCACUUUAGGCAUAUUCGAAACCAGAUUUCAAGUAGACAAAGUCAAUUUCCACAUGUUUGAUGUGGGUGGCCAGAGAGAUGAGAGGCGAAAAUGGAUUCAGUGCUUCAAUGACGUAACAGCCAUCAUAUUUGUGACUGCCUGCUCAUCUUAUAACAUGGUCCUAAGGGAAGAUCCCAGUCAAAACCGGCUACGAGAGUCACUAGAUCUCUUUAAAAGUAUAUGGAAUAAUAGGUGGUUACGCACAAUAAGUGUUAUCUUGUUUUUGAACAAACAAGAUCUCCUCGCUGAAAAAAUCAAGGCAGGCAAGAGCAAACUAGAAGAUUAUUUUCCUGAUUUUGCCCGGUAUCAAACCCCAGUAGACGCUACUGUUGAACCUGGGGAAGAUCCGGAGGUGGUUCGCGCAAAGUACUUCAUCAGGGACGAAUUUCUAAGGAUAAGCACAGCUAGUGGUGAUGGCAAGCACUACUGCUACCCUCAUUUUACAUGUGCCGUCGAUACCGAAAACAUCCGACGAGUGUUCAACGACUGCCGUGACAUCAUACAAAGGAUGCAUCUACGACAAUAUGAGUUAUUGUGAUGGCCAGUAUGUGUGGGUACAGUGGGCGGCAACAGAAUCGCUCCAUUUGAGCGAGUCAAACAGGAGGGCUGGGUGGUUUGGGGUGGUAGCACUGGGAGGAUGGUUUAACCUUCCCCGUCUAGUCUCCUCAGUGGAGGGUUGUCACUCCCCUGGCACUUCCCCCCCUAGUCAUUCAAGCUUCACCUGUGCUUUAUGCGUGGCACAAAAAACUUCUUAAACCAGUUUUCUGUUCAGUCCUUAGUUUUUUUAUUUUAAUGAAUGCUACAAUAAGAUUGUACGCACAUUAAUGGUAUGGUGUUCCCAGUCCAUAAGAUGAUGAUAUUUAUUUUCUUCUGAUGCUCCCAUUUUUGACUACCACUUUUACCUAAUAGUUCUCCACUGAUGGCUUAAAAGCCAUUAUAUUUGAGUUUAGGUAUUGGAAAUAGAGCACAAAAUCUUUCUCUAACUUUCUUAACCAGGGAGUACUGACUGCUUCACAGUACUCCAUGGUCAAGCCCCCUUAUACUGAUACUUCCUGACUGAAAUCGUUGCUUUAGAGGAAAUUUUAUUGUAAUUAUAAUUGUAGAGAUUGUUAUUCCUUUUAUAUUUUUAUUUGAAAGCUAUACUGGGAUACCUAUAACAUAAGACAAAAUUGUUCCAAAUGUAGACUACUUAGCAUGUGAUGUAUGGUCGUCAGGCAACCUGCCCUUAGCCCCUUGAAAUGGACUACUGUAGUAUUUUCUGCAGCAGCACCACAAUGCGCCACAUGAACCCUUGUCAUCUUGCCCCCAUGGACCACAAAAAAGCCUGUUAAGUGGGCUACUUUAUCCCUUUUAUCCUCUUCCAAGGCCCACUUGGAUCUCCCAUAUGUACCCUGUUUCCCCCCUUCCCCGCUCACCAAGUUUAGCAACUGCCCAAGACCCUCAAAGUUAGGAGAGUACUGUCAGUUGUGCAAAAUUAAAAGAAACUUAUUUUAGAAUUAUUUCACAAAAUAAAAAAAAAAGUUCUUCUGUCUCAUGCUUUUGGUGUCCAUAUUUUUUGCUAAUUUUAUAAAUAUAUAUAAUAUAAUAUAAUAAUAUAUAUAUACUGUAUAUUAUGUUAUAAAUGAGCCUAUAUAAGUUAUGUCAGAGGGGACAGGAUGAGGUUUUGACUCAAUGCUGCCACCCCUAUCAGUUUGUUGUAGAAAUGGCCAUUUGAUGAGUUUUUAUCUAUUUAUUUUACUUGUGUCAACACCAGAGAUCUGCUUUUGUGAAUCUAACUAUGUGGAAGAAAUCUCAAUUAGAUUGAAUUUAUUUUGUACUUUUUUAAUUUAUUAAGUAAUAAGUGCAUCUAAGUAGACUGGUGACAAUUAUUUGUAGUUGUGGAUGUGUUGAAACCCACCAAAUUGUGCUAUAAUAACUGAGUUACUGAUCAGUUCCACUACCAAAUAAUUUUCAGAAGCUUUACGUAUACUUUUAACUUGUGUUUAACCUGCUGGCACCUCUCACUUCUCAACCUCUCAUUUCUAAGAGGAAGUAAUGUUAUCGCCCGGUUUUCCUUAGUUCAUGUCAGGAGGAUGACAUCAGUCUUGUGCAAGUCAUCUAGGUGGUGAUGUUUGUCACUUUUAAUUUUGGUCUCUGUUGUGUUGGCUGGCAGAAGAAGGCGAGAGGUGCUGGCACAUUGGAGAGGGUGCACUUGACCACCUUCCUCCUCCCCCCCAUAUGAGCAUCAGUGUGAGCGCCAUAGCUGAAGGUAACCAUACUCAUAUUGUGAUGUUUUUGGAGAUCUCUUACUAUGGUCAUUGCUCUCACUGUUUCUCAAAUAAUUGCACGCUGUGUUGGCCAGCUGUGCAUUGUUGGAACAGCAGUAAAGAAGGCCUUUGCUGUGUUGAAUGUAAGAGUUACCGAAUGGAGAAAUAAUGUACAUCAUUGAAUGCAGGUAUGUGGAAGAUUUUGUUAAUUUUUUUUUAUAUAGAUUAUUCAUGUGUAGAAUGAGGAUGCCUGAACAACUUUGUGGGGAAAAAAGUUUGUUGAAAGUGCCAAUAUUAUUGUCCCUAGGCUGAGAGCAUAGGCGUAGCGGUGAGUUUAACGCACCAAUUAUAUGAGUUUGGCCAGAGGAGUUGGAUGGCACCUGAUGGUGGUGGUGUGGCAGGGUUGGUGCCGUGAGUCACUGUUGUCAGUCUAGUUGGUGGCUGGGAGGAGGGAGCCGGGGCUUCCCUUGCUCCCUGGAGCCCGUGGCCCCUCCUGUGCUGCCAGCCAUCCUGCAAAAUGAUUGCUGUGGUAAUACUGGAUUGUGGUUAUGAGGCCUUCUAUGGUUACCCUCAACCACAUCAGCAUCAUUUACCACACACCUUAGUUAGGUGGCUACCGCUGUGGUCCCUCUACUUUGCCUGUACAAAUCCCUUGUUUAGUCUGCCCCCAGGGCAUAACACCAGCUUGUGUUUUAUGUUAGAGGCUUGUGUAGUGCGCCUAGAACACCAGAUUGGUUUAGCUGCGCUUCAGUCCCAAAUAGUCUCCAGGGAGCAUUUCCCCCCAAACUAUCCCCACUCCCUUCCCCAUUACUUCUCUGCCUGCUUCCCUCCAACUUCCAGUGCCCUAUUCUCUUCCUAGGGAGUAGGUGGUGAAAAGACCUCCCAGGUCUUCAGCCUCCCGCUACCCCAGACUCGUAGAGACCAAGCCUAAACUGGUAGCCAAUUCAGACAGAAGGAAAAUUCUUCUAGAAGAAUUUAUCUUUUGCUCUGAUCCCUUCUAUCGUCACAAUCCUCUCCCCGUGUAGUUAUAACCUAUUAAAAAGUGUUAAAGAAAUUAGACUAUACCUGAUUUUAUGUAAUUGAAUGUGUUUAGUUAAUGUAUACCUGCUCUGUGUAUUGCUUUGUAAUAAAGGCUAAAGUGUAGGCAUACCUCUGGUUUAACAGUGUGAAGCAACAACAUCAGCUGCAGGAGUGGUGCGGGUGCGGGGUCAGUCAUCCUGCCAUCACUCUGUGAUUGCUGCCUCAGGAGGUCAAUUUGGGCGGCUGCCCCCAGCGGGUUAGGUGCUAAUGUGGACGUGCAGGGGCUCGCAACACCCCGGGGGCUGCCCGUGGGCGGCCAACUUGUAUCGUCUCCCAGCGUUGGUUGCCCACUCACCCCCAGCUGCCCCCGCAGGUCAGCCUCCCCCUGCACUCCCACCAAUGCCCACCCCACUACACCUGCACCACCACAAUAUGUGAAAGCGGUUACUCGGAUCCUGGGUUAACAUUACUAUCUAGCACAUCAGAUAUAUCAGAAGAAUAUUCAAAUGCUGCGUAAUGGUCACUGUAAAUUGUGUAAUUGUGAAUAAAUUUACAAUGUCUUAUUUACAAGAAG